GAAAUUCGGGCUUCGAAUUUCUCACCUGGGUUCUUGCGGCACGACCACGGGCACAGAACGGUUCUACGGCAAUCCUUCGCACCACGGAUAAACAACACCAGCAGCGGUGGGGCUGCAUCUUCAACAAUGAGCAAGGCACAGGCGGUCGAAAAUAAGGAAAUUCUGCAGGCGAUCCUGAUUGCCGAUUCGCACAAUGACAACCUUCAACCGUUUACGAGCACAAAACCAUUGGCGUUGCUGCCGAUAGCGAACGUACCACUGAUCGAAUAUGCGCUCGAGUCCCUGAACCGCAAUGGAGUGGAGGAGGUGAUUGUGUUCUGCUGCAACCAUAUCGAUCAGGUGAAGCGGUACAUACAGCAACGCCAGACUGCCCGGUGCACCUGGUCGAUCGGCAUGAAGGUGUCGAUUGUGAGCUCGGAAUCGUGCCGCAGCAUCGGUGAGGCCAUACGUGACCUGGACGCACGGAACACGAUCCGUGGCAAUGUGCUGCUGCUCGGGGUGGACAGCGUUACAAACGCAGACCUGGCUGCGCUACUCGACGAGCAUAAACGGCUGUCGAAGUUGGAUCGCGGUGCGGUUAUGACCGUGGUGUAUAAGGAAGGUUUGCGAAGGAUGCGCACCGGAAACGAGGUGAUGAUAGCGAUGGAACCGCGAACACGUCGGCUACUGUUCCAUCAGCGACUAGCGGCCCAGCAGGAAAAGGAACGUAAGUUCGAGCUGCCUCUGGAACUGUUCCUAGGCAAUCGGGAUGUGGCCGUGUGUCACGGUUUGCUCGAUCCGCAGAUUGCCGUGUGCAGUCAUGCGGCGUUACCGCUGUUUGCGGACAAUUUUGACUUCCUGUCGCGGGAUGAUUUUGUGCGCGGUGUGCUGAUUAACGAGGAGAUUCUAAACAGCCGGAUCUACGUGGCAAAGCUGGCGAGGGAAGAGUAUGCGAUGCGGGUGAAUAACUGGCAGAGCUACCAUCUGGUUAGUUUGGAUGUGAUUAACCGGUGGCUGUACCCGAUGGUGCCGGAUACGGCGAUCAGCGAGUUCCGGCAGCAGUACAAACACUUCCGCAACAAUAUCUAUCGCCAUGGGAACGUACGGUUGAGCCGGUCGUGCGAGCUGGACGGUGAUCUGGUGGUCGGGGAGGAGAGUGAAAUCCGCGAAGGUACGUAUCUGCGUCAGUCCGUGGUGGGUCGCGGUUGCCAGAUCGGACGGAACUGCCGGAUCGUGAACAGUUUUCUGAUGGAGGGAGCUAGCGUCGGGGAUGGCACCGUGCUUAAUCACUGUAUACUGGGGGAGAGGGUGAAGGUGGGCGAAGGGUGUACCAUCAAUCCGGGUACGGUGCUGGGCGAGGGUGUGGAGAUACCGGACCGGUUAGUCGUAGCGGGACUAUUGCUGCAAGCGAACGAACCACCGGCGGAUGAGUGGGGCACCCCGGUGCAGAAGAUAGCCGACCGGGCCUACACGAUACCGGUGAUGGACGAGGACGAUAGCGACUCGGACGAAGACGACGAUAAGCUGGGCCAGCCGGCAAUGAACCAGCCGCUCGUUAUUGCACCGCUGCCGGGACGCUAUCCGGCGUCCGUGUACGAGCCGUCCGAUGACGAGGGUGACAGCCGACCAGCGUCCCCCGUGCCCGAGGAUGAAAACAUUUUCCUGUCCGAGGUUGUGGAAUCGCUCAAGCGCGGAUUUUCCGAACGCACCAAUGCGGAGUAUCUGAUACUGGAAAUCAACUCGUCCCGGUACGCGUAUAACAUGGCGCUGUGCGAGGUGAACUACUACGUCGUGAAGGCGAUACUGCUGAUCAUGCUCCAGCAGGACGGUGUUGCAACGAACACGGUCGGUACGUUGCGUCGGCUGCUCGCCUACUUCGGUGUCGUCUUCCGGAACUACAUACGCGACCGGGAGGCAAUGAUGAACUGUCUGAGAGCGUUCGAGGAAAUGUGCCCGUCGAGCGAAACGGUCCGUGCGAAACUGCCCCAGCUGGUGCACUAUCUGUACGAGGAGGAUCUUAUUAGUGAGGAGGUCAUUAUCGAUUGGCACGAAGGGCUGGAGGAUGUAGCGAUCAAAACGACGCUUUCGAAGUUGGUACAAUGGUUGCAGGAGUCUAGCGAGGAGGAAGAAGAGGACGACGAGGAUUAGAAUUAAAUGUCGGGUGGGAUCGCCGGAGUUUUUUAACCGGAAUUUUAGUUCCAAACCCUCCUCUAAGUGGAAAUUGUGAGACGCCCCAGCAAGGCUUGUUUCUUGAAGUACGUUUAAACGCUUUUAGUUUUUGGAAUGAAGUUUAAUUUUGAAAAUAGUGUAGAAGAACAAUUUGAAGUUCAUUAAUGUAUGCAAAAACUCGAUUUGCCUCUCCCAACGCCAUACGGCACUCUAUUCAAGAAACCAUUUGUUCUUGCAUGUAAAAACGAAAUAAAAUAAAUCUCGAGUUAAGAGAAAACAAUAACAAGAA